AUUUCACGUUCUUAUGAAAAAGCGGCAAGGAGCCAUUAUAUCAAAUCGUAUUCCUCAGGCGAGAGGAACGGUCACCGUCGUUUUUAAUUAUUAUUAUACCACGAGAUUUAGACUGCACCACAAUUAUAACUACGAACAAAUUUGUCAACGGAGGAAACUGUAACCAUCAAGGUGAGAUUUUGUCAGACUGCAAGCUAAUACGAUGAGAAGAAACUGAACCAAUAAGCUCCUAAAUCAUUUUGAACCACCUGCUUGAUUUCAUGGUUUAACAGUGUAAAUCCUUUUAGCUUGCAGUUUGUGGUGUAAGAGUAAGGGAAAUUGUGUCUGGCGAUUGUGUGUAAUCGUACACAGCUUUACAAUGAAAUGUCAUUAUGAAGUACUAGGCGUCACUAGAAACGCCACAUACGACGAUAUAAAAGCUGCAUAUAGAAGGCUGGCAUUAACAUGGCAUCCAGACAAAAACCUGAGUAAUCCAGAUGAAGCUAAGAAACAGUUCCAACGCAUCAAGCAAGCAUGGGACGUACUUGGUGAUCCUCAUGAGCGAACCUGGUAUGACAAUCACCGAGAAGCAAUACUGAAGGGUACAACGGAGGAUUACAAGGAUGACUCCAUCAAUCUUUUCUCAUACUUCACCACCAUGUGUUUUGAGGGUUAUGGAGAUGACGAGAAUGGUUUCUAUACUGUGUACCGCAAAGUCUUUGAGAAAUUAGUUGAGGAAGAUGCAGAGUUUACCAGGGACAGCGAGUCGGAAGAGGAAAUGCCUGGCUUCGGAAACUCUCAGAGCUCGUACGAGGAGGUAGUGCACAAUUUUUACGCCUACUGGCAAAGUUACAGUACCAAGAGAUCCUUUGCCUGGCUGAACCCAUACGACUUGAGAAACGCCGCGAACCGUCGCGUGUUUCGUCUCGCUGAAAAGGAGAAUCGGAAGGUGCGCGACAAGGCCAGGCGCGAGAGGAACGAACAGGUGCGCAAUCUGGUUGCCUUCGUUCGCAAGCGCGACAAGCGCGUACAGGCUCAUGCAGCGAAACUUGCGGAGCGCGCUCGUGAAAACGCCCGCAAAGUGGAGGAGCGUAAAAAGGUACAGGUACUGGAGCGGCAAAAGCUUCUGCGUGACCAUACGGAGUCCGAAUGGUCUAAGUUCUCGAACAUCGAGGCGGAACUGAGGAAGAUCGAGGCGACCCUCGGUGACGACAGUGACGACAAUGACAUGGACGACAACAAGACGCUCUAUUGCAUCGUCUGUAACAAGAUCUUCAAGACGCACAAGGCUUACAUGAAUCACGAAAACUCGCGAAAACAUAAGGAGAACUUCAGCAUACUAGAGGCCUCUAUAACGAAAGACGAUAAGCAGUUUCAUAGCAGUAGCAGUUCCCAAGAGUUUAACUCAUCGAGUACAGAGUCAACAGCGCCGAGUAAGUCCAAGUUGGCUACUGACUCGCAGAUGCCUGAUUUUUUGUUAGAUUCUGAAAAUAACACGAGGGAACAUGAUAAUGAAGAGGACAACGAGGACACCUCCCACGAUGAACUCAACUCGGGCGAUGAAAAAGACUUGAAAGACUGUCAGUCAACCACGCCGAAUGAGCCAAAGUUGGCCACUGAUUCGCAGGUGCCCGACUUCUUGAUGAAUCCUCCCGAGAACGACACAAAGGAACCUGACAAUAAGGAUAAUGACGACACUUCUCACGACGAACUGAUUUCGGACGAUGAGGAGAAUCCGAAAGACUGUCAGUCAGCGAACGAGAAGAAGGAGAUAAACGAUGAAGAUGUUCCGUUAACUGAAAGAUCUCGGAUGAAUUACAACUGCUUCUUAUGUCUGUCCGAGAGCGGAAAAGAAGAUAAGGCUGUAACUUCCAAGGACGAGCUGAUGUCUGAUCAGGAGGCAGCAGCCAGCUCGGAUUGUCAGAAGAAAAAGAAGAAGAACAGGAGGAGGAGGAAGAAGAACGUACUGAAUCCUAAUCCCGUGCCGAAUGUCAAUGAUGACGACAAUACAGAGAGUAUUAACGAAGACAUGUGGUUUAAGUCGAAGAAACAGCGCAAGAAGUUGCAGCAACGAAAGACAGCGAUGACUAAACACGAGAAAAGUAACACGCGAUCACGCGACGGGGAGAAACAGGAAGCCGAGGGCAAUAGCAAGUUGAAGACAGAAGCCAAAUCUAGCAAUGUAAAUGAAACGGUUUCCAGUAAGAAGAAAAGCAAAAAGAAGGAUGAAGCAGAUAGCAAAGUGGGAAAUGACUCGACGUCAUUAGAUUUUCUUCAAUUAUUCAUGAAGAAAAAAAGGGACAAUGUAUGGAGGGACGAGGAUAGUGUAUAUACUAACAUGGAGGUAGUUAUGGACUUUGGCGGUUUGUCGCCUCCUCUCGUGCAAGUUGGUCCUUUUCAAUAGGAAGGACUCAAAGUACCUUAACAAAACCGCAUUAUUCUACUCCUCCGAUCUCUGUAUAUGAUGUAAAACUAUAUUUAUAAAUAAACCCAUCAGAGAAGAAAGAACUGUAUAAAAGCGAAAUGCAUUUUGGGCAGAAGGAAUUGUUGGAACUGAGUUAAAUAUCAAUUGUAAAUUUAUUGUUACAGGGACUCGUUAUUGUUACAUGGACUCGAUAUCACUCAAAUUAUCUAGAUUUAUAAUAUCAUUUUUUUCUUCCUUUUUGUAACUAAAGAGAGGUUGUUUUCAUCGAAUACAAAUAACUUACUGCUUCUUAAGUGGCAUGAAAAAAAUAGUUUUGUCCAAUAGAUAUACACAUACAACAGAUUUGUAGCAUUACUGACGCGCACACACAUACAUACACACGCACGCACACAUUGUACGUGUAAUGUGUAUUGUAUAAAGUCAAGUCUAGCAAAAGCAUCAAAAUAAAUUUAGUAUUAAUUUAAUGGCAUUGUAUUUAUUGGUCGGCGUGAUAAUUUAUAAUAAAGUUGCUCGUAUGUUUGUGAAAAUAUACUUGACUUUAUACAUAUAACAACACAGUACAUAUAUACAUACAAUAUAUAUAUAUAUAUAUAUGCACACGCACACACCAUAUAUAUAUAUAUAUAUUGUAUACAUUGUAUAUAUAUGCGCAUUAUAUGUUCCUAUGCAUACUCCAUAAGGUCAAGUCUGACAGAAGCAUUGAAAUAACUUGAUCAUUUUAGACUGAUUAAUGGUGCUAAGAUAGUUAGCUCCUUUACGAUAAUUAUAUCUAUCAGAAAACAGAGACUUAUUAAAUGAAUAUGUUACAGUGGAAGAAAUGAAAAUUAAAAUAUCUCACAACCUUUGCACGUAUGUAUAAGUAACUUUAUUCAUGUAAUAAAUUAUCAUGUCUGCCAAUAAACAUAAUGGCAUUAGAUGUCAUUGAAUUAAUA